CAGAAGAGCCGCCGAGCUGAGCACUUGGCGGCCUCAUGCUGUCGCGGUGCCUCGCCUUCCUGCUGCUGAUCCGGGGGAUCUCUGAGGGAUGGGGAGGAGGGACGGCUUCCCAGGAGCCCCUCACCUUCCAGUUCCAGCUGAUCAUGUCUUUCUUCAAUGACAGCUGUGUUCCGAGCUUGGCCUCAGGCUGGCUGGGGGAUCUAGAGACCAACAGGUGGGACCCACAGGCUAGAACCAUUCUCUUCCUGUGGCCCUGGGCCAGGGGUCACUUCAGUGCAGAGCAGUUGGAAGAGCUGCGGGGGAUCUUCGACGUCUUCCUGACCAGUAUUACACGGGAUGUGCAAGACUUUGUUAAGGUCUUCAGGCAGGAUUACCCCUUUGUGAUCCAGAUUAGAGCAAGUUACUCCCAAAGAUCCCCUGUGAGCCUUUUCCAGGUGGCAUUUCAAGGAACAGACUUCAUGAGCUUCCAAGAAGAUUCAUGGAAGCCUGCACCAGGGGCUGAAAGUAUAUCCCAGAAUAUCUCCGACAUUCUUAACCAGGACCAGGGUACCCAGGUCAUGUUACAGAACUUACUCAAUCACACUCUUCCCCAGUUCCUUGGUGACCUUCUAGACACAGGACGGAAAGACAUUGAACGGCAAGUUAGGCCAGAAGUCUGGUUGUCAAGUAGUCCCACCCCUGUUCCAGGACAGCUGCAGCUACUUUGUCAUGUCUCAGGAUUCUAUCCAAAGUCAGUGCAGGUGACGUGGAUAAAACAUGGACAGGAGCUACCAGGAACUCAGACAGGUGACCUCUUGCCAAAUUCAGAUGGGACAUGGUAUCUUCAAGUUAUCCUCAAUGUGGAAGCUGGAGAAACAGCUGAUCUGGCUUGCAGGGUAGAACACAGCAGUCUUGAUGGCCAGUACCUCAUCCGAUAUUGGGCCAAAAGCUCUGCCUUGCCCUUGGCUCUGGGGAUCUCAAUUGUGAUUGUAGUGGUGGUUUCAUUAGUGUUUGGAUUCAUCUGGUGGAAAAAUCAACAUAGGUCAUAUGAAGACAUUCUGUGAUACUCUUCUUCCAUUAUCUUUCUCCCAUUGGAGUCAGAGCCCUGGAAUCCCAGAAACAGCUCUGUUUAACCCAGGAAUCAUAGCAGUCUGGAAUAUUUUGCCUUCUUACUGGCCUCCUUCUCCAAAGUGGUAUUUGUAAUGCAUGAGCGCCCAAAGAUAGGAAAAUUGACUUUCCGUCCUCCAGUACCCUUGACUUUAACUUUGGCUGUGAACUCCAUUCCCUGUGAACUCCCUCUAGUACAGUGGAUGGGGAAUGUUGACUGGACAUCAGUUCUUAUCUUUACAUGUAUUAUGUUCUUGGCACUAUGCUGGAUAUAUGAACAUAUGCAAGAAGAAAAAAUGGUCCUUGACUCUGAAGAGCUUGAAUCCCAAAGGAGACUGAUCAGAAGGGUUCACCCUACAAAAGAUAUAUAGAAUAGAGAAGACUUUUAUAUGUUUAAGGAGGGGCAUGACUGCUGUCUUCAAGUGUUUGAAGGUUGUCCAAGUGGAAGAAGAAUUGGACAUAUACUGCUUUACCCCAGAAAUCAGAACAAAGGGCAAUGGGUAGAAAGCAGAUUUGGAUUUAAUUCAAGAGAAACUUGCUGACAGUGAGAGCUAUUUAAAAAACUUAGUAGAGGUCAUGAGUUUCCUUUCACUAGAGAUCUCUCAGUGAAUGCUAGAUGGCUGCUUGGUAGAAAUAAACAGUAUUCCUGUCCACAUACAGGCAAACUUGUCUUGGAGAUAUUGUGGCUUUGCUUCUAGACCAUAACAGGAAAGUGAAUAUUGCAACAAAGUGAGUCACAUGAAUAUUUUCGUUUCCUAGUGAAUAUAAAAGUUAUAUUUAUACUAUAGUGUAGCCUAUUAAGUAUACAAUAAUAUCAUAUCUUUUUUUUUGUGAGGGAAUUGGGGUUAAGUGACUUGCCUAGGGUCACACAGCUAGUAAGUGUUAAGUGUCUGAUGCCGGAUUUGAACUCAGGUCCUCCUGACUCCAGGGCCAGUGCUGCCUCUAUAUAGUAUCAUAUCUAAAGAAACAACGUACAUACUCUAAUAUAAAAUAUUUUAUUUCUAAAAAAUGCGAUCAUCAGAGUCUUCAGUGAACCAUAAUUUUUUUGCUGGGUGAGGUUCUUGCCUGGAUGUCGAUGGCUGCUGAUUGAUCAAGGUGGUGAUUGCUAAACGUUGGGGUGGCUGUGGCAAUUUCUUAAAAUAAGAUGACAAUGAAGUUUGCCACAUUGAUUGAUUCUUACUUUCAUGAAAGAUUUCUCUAGUAUGGGAUGCUGGUUGAUAGCAUUUUACGCACAGUAGAACUUCUUUCAAAAGUGAAGUUAACCUCUCUCUUUCUUUUCUUUUCUUUAUUUUUUUUUUCCGGGCAGUGAGGGUUAAGUGACUUGCCCAGGGACACACAGCUAGUAAGUGUCAAGUGUCUGAGGCUGGAUUUGAAAUCAGGUCCUCCUGAAUCCAGGGCCGGUACUUUAUCCACUCUGCCACCUAGCUGCCCCCUGGAGUUAACCCUCUCAAACCCUACUGCUGCUUUAUCAACUAAGUUUAUGUAAUAUUGUUCAAUAUUGUUUUGUUUUAGGGAAUAGGAAGGCCUGAGGAGAGGUAGAGUUGAGGGAACACCAGUAAGUGGAACAGAACAAACAUAUUUAUUGAUUAAUUAUGCCAUCUUGUAUGGGUGCAAUUUGUGGCACCCUAAAACAAUGACAGUAAAAUCAAAGAUCACUGAUCACAGAUCACCAUAACUGAUAUAAUAAUAAUAAUGGAAAACUUGGAAAUAUUGUGAGAAUUACCAAAAUGUGAAAUAGAGACAUGAUAUGAGCAAAUGCUGUUGGAAAAAUGGCACCAAUAAAUUUGCUUUACCCAGGGUUGCCACAAACCUUCAAUUUGUUAAAAUGCUACCGCCCCAAAUGCAAUAUCUGUGGAAUGCAAUAAAUAAAGCACAAUAAAACAAAGUAUGCCUGUACUAUGUGACUAGAACAUUGAUAGUCGUGAAACAUAGUUGGGGAGUCAAAGCAUAGAAGUCUAAACUAGAUAGCAAUUCUAUGUCAACUCCUUUUCUGAGUGUGUUAUUGUUUUCCCAAAUCUUUUCAAAUUUUGUUUAAGUGUAAUCCGUAAAAAGAUUUUGGGGAGAGAGAGACACACACAGAGAUAGAAAGAAAGACACAGAGAGAAAUCAAUAGAAUAGAUUAGGUACAUGAUG